AUGUACUCAAAAGCCAAGGUGCAAUUACAUCGUAUUGCUGGUGCUUUACAUGUUGCUAAAGUGGCUAGUGAAGUAAUAGCACAAUGCGGAACACGUAGUUUGAAAUAUCAUGAUUUAAGUAAAGAAACAGUUACUGAUAAACAACGCGUAGUCGAUCUUUAUAUAACAACCACAAAUUAUCAAACAAUUCAAUGGAUACAGCCCACAAAGCGUGUUUGUUAA